GACUAGAGUGUGUAACGGGAAUCACGGUUUGUUCCCAAUGGGAAUAACCGUGAUUUUCCCGGGAAAACCGGGAAUGUGUUGGGAGUAGGGUAUUAAAAUACCCGACACAAAUCCUAACAUAUUCCCGUCUAUAAUACAAAAUAUACAACACUAUUUUUAUUAAGUGGGUUAACACCUAACAGAAACAUAGGGAAUAUUAAGGGAAUAUAUAGGGAAAAUAUAGGGAAUUUUUAUGGGAAUAUUUUAUUAAUUAAUUAAUUUCUUUAAUACUUAUUGGGAAUUAAGUAUAGUAUAUGAAUUUAUAUUAGGGAAGGCACGGCAUGUUUGCACACGACACCAAUAGGUGUUGUGCGCAAACAAUAAGUCCCAUUGAUUUUGAGAGUAUAUAAACUGCUGUAAACCAUUCAUUUGGUUAUGAAGUGUUGGGUUCAGACUUAAACCAGUUAACCCUAAAGAGUGCUUAGGAUUUGCAUUAAACUGCAAACCUAAUAAAAUACCAUUGGAUUACAUAUAAAUUUAUUGUACUUUUGUUUUUAUUAUUAUUAUUCAAAUAAAUACUGUUAUACUCAUUUACAAUACGGAUUACAAUUUAUUUUAACUCAACGGUGAGUCGUCAGACUUGGACGGUAUCUGUUUACGGAUAGAUACCGGUUGUGUUUCAUCAGCUCGUAUCGGACCGCUGUGGCGUAACAGUGGCUACGAAUUAGUGUAACACAACGCAUGUGGUGGCUAAAGCGGUGAGAUAUACUCAACUAUUACCGGUAGCAUAGCUCUUUAACUGGAGUAUUGCUUACAUUACCUGUUAUACACCGUCGGUAAAGUUCUUUAAACAGAACCUACCGACUCACACGCAAAUCCAAGCACAGUGAUGAGUAGACUUUUAAAGCAAAGUCACUCUUCAUAAAUAGGGCUUAAAGGUCCAAAAAAGAUCAUAGGCAUGUGCAUACCGAGGGAAUGGUAGCACAGCGCUUUUGUCAACAGAGGAUGUCGGUUUAAAAGCUGACACUAAUCCUCUGAUCUUCUCACCUCACAUGGGAGGAAUGAGAGCCUUGGUUUAAACCGGCUGAGGGGUGCGAAUGACAUGUAAUGAUCGCUGUGAUUGACUUAAACGAGUCAACACCUAACUGAGUUCUUAAACUGGAACUCAAAAUUUCUACGUCUAUCAACUGCAAGGGAUGGUAGCUGACAGACGUGUGGACUAAGGACGAACCCAACACUUCAUCAAACAACGGCUGUUUUCCGAAGCUCGAGGAUGGCUAAACAACAACAACACCCGACUAAUAUUUAAUAAACACUCGACUAAUAUCUAAUAAUAAAGACCCGACUAAUAAUAAACACUCGUUACCAUAAUAACCCUUAUAUAAUGUUGGGGGUAUAAACUAAUAAACUAAUAAUUACCACUAAAUCUAUUAAACUAUUGGGGGAUAAUUGCGCUAUUAUGACUCAUUAAAGCUCGCUAUGUCUAAUAAUAAAUCAAACAGUGACUCUUCUAUGGAUUCGUAUGGAAACAAUCAACAGACAAAUGAUGCCAACAAUAAUGUGCCGCUUAAUAAUAACUCAACUAAUAAUUCAGUGAACCUACCUUAUUGUGAACCGUCAACUUCACGAAUUAAUAACCCAAUCGAUCCAUAUGAUAUUGAAGUAAUUACCAUCUCUAGUGAUUCAGAAAUGGAUAUAGAAAACGCUGAAGAUGAGAUAACACCUGAAUACUUUUUAAGCACAUACAGUGAUUAUAGACAUCCAACAAAUCUGACAACUCUAAGAAAUAAUCUAUACUCCGAGUUAAUGGCAUAUGAAUGUUACGACGACUUCUAUGAUUCAAAUGAUGCGGAUGACGAGAAUGAUACAAGCAAUGCAGAUAAUGUAAUUGAAAACGCAACAAACGAAGAAGACGCCGAAGUAGUUGACACAGGAAUUGCGGAUGAAAUCAAACCAGUACUCAUGGGUAUCAGAGAUAACACGGAAAUAAAAAAUGAGCCACAAUUGAACCACCAAAUAGGAGCUGUAGUUAAUCAAACACCAGCAACACAUUAUGGACAAUCAACCGACGAUGUAUUUAUCGGACAAAACAGUGAAUUUAAUUUCAGUGUACCAUUUGGCUCUACUUUUGACGCGUAUAACAGACUUAGAUGUUCUGUUAGUACCUUUAAUACUGGAUAUCAAAAACUUUUCAUUGGACUUAACUCUGGACAAAUUGCAGCAUUUAAUAACGGAUCACUAAGACCAAUAUAUUUUAAACUACAACAGAAAAUGAACGCACCGAUAAAAAUUAUUAAAAGUGGUGUUAAAAUUAAUCACUUAUUAGCAGCGACUGACAACACAAUUGCAUAUUACAAUGAAUUAAAUGGACAACAAAUCUAUUCUCACACAUAUAAAGUUGGUAAAAUUAUUUCAAUUUUCAAUGAAUGUCACCGUAAAUUUGUUAUUAUCACAAAAGAAAAGUUUACACAAAUUGACGAAUUAAUAUUUAAUGACAACAUCUUAGUGAAUGUACGCUACGCAACAGGUAUUGCAGGAGAGGCCGAAGGGAUCGCAUUUGAUGCAUUAUCAAAACAUAAUACAUCGAAAGACGGACAAUCAAUUUUCACAUUACGAGCAAUAUUAUUAUUAAAAACGGACGAGAGAAAAGUGAUACAACUUAAAGUUUAUGAAAUAGAAAUUACUGGUAAUGUCAUCAAACAAAAGUUUAAAACUCCUGUUGUAAUUAAUGGUAACAUAGCAGCCGAACACAAAAUGGUGGUAACAACGAAUUAUAUUAUUUUGGCAGAACUGUUUAAUCCAGAUGUUCCAACAACGACUUCAAGGAAUAUUCAAAUCUAUCGAAACGAUACGCUCCAUAAAUGUUUUAGUUGUACACUUGGCGCACCAAUAAGAGAUAUUGUUUGGAGCAAAAAUUAUCUUCUUUUAAUAACUGAACUAAUGCAAAUUGACAUAAUGAACUUAAAUGAUUUGCAAAGAACAUACUUGGUCUCAUGUGAACGACCUAUUAUCAAAGCAUUAAUAACGUCAAACAACAAUCAAGCAACACAUGAAUCACAACUGGGUAUUUUAUACUUAGGAACUGAUUCAGUAAUUCGACAUAAAAACCUUAAAGACUUUUUAAUAACUAAAGAAACAAAAAUGGUGGAAGUCAACAACCGAAUGAUGAUAGCGCCGCCAAAGGACUUGGGAAUGAUAAGAAUUUCAAGCACCGAAUCUAAAUUAUCACCAUAUUAUUAUAGAGCAUUAGCAAACUAUUAUAAUAUAGAAAUAAACGAUUUUGUAUAUCACACUGUAACUGUAGAUAAAGAAUUAAUUUAUAUAAUUAUUGUUAGUAUCCCAAUGUUAAACAUCAAAUUUAGAAUUGAAGGACCGACUACGGAAGCCGUUCGCGAAACAGCAGCUGGUGUCAAUCAAGUGAUAUUAACUGAAAAAGGUGACAAUAAGAGAAAAAAGAAUAGGUCGACAUAUAAAACAGUGGUCGAAUAA